AUGGAUUCUAAUUUUGUUGCAUCAGAAAUUGUGGAAAAAUUGCGACAAAAUCACACUGCUCGUAUUGAUGAGCUCUGGGAGAUCAUACGUACUAAGUAUAAUCAUGAGCUUUCUUACUAUAAAGUAUGGGACGCAAAACAAAAGGCAAUUGCUAAGAUAUUUAGGGAUUGGGAGGAGUCUUACCAAAGGUUGCGGAAAUUGUUGUUGGCAUACUUGGAUCAGGACUCAGGUACCAAGUACAGCUAUCACACCAUACCUAGGCCAUACGAAAGUAUUGCGGUACUUCACUAUGUAUAUUGGGCAUUCGCUCCAUGCAUUGCUGCAUUCAAAUAUUGCAGGCCAGUGAUCAGUAUUGAUGGGACUCAUUUGUAUGGUAAAUACAAAGGGGUGUUGAUGAUUGCAAUGGCAACUGAUGCUAACCAAAAGGUUUUGCCUCUCGCCUUUACUGUUGUAGACAAUGAGUCAGGGCCUAGUUGGGGUAUCAAAUGCGCCAUUCGAGAGUGGCCUAUAGGUGAGGACGGAAGAGAACAGGUAUAUCAUCGAUAUUGCCUUCGACAUGUUGCUAGCAACUUCAACACAAAAUUUAAGGACCCGACUUUAAAGGCAUUGGCCUUGAAAGCUGGAUAUGCAACUCAUGAAGCAAAAUUCACGUCCAUAAUGCAAACCAUUAAGGAGGCCGAGAUUAAUUUACUGAGGGGUGUAGACCCUACUGAUCGCCACAUCCUAAGCUAUAUGCCUUACACAUAUCUAAUGAGUGAGGAUGUUGAUAAAUGGACCCAGUCACAGGAUGGUGGAAGACGUUACGGGGCAAUGACAACCAAUAUCUCUGAGUGUUUUAAUGGGGUACUUAAAGGUGCCCGCGGUUUGCCCAUUGCUGCAAUGGUUGAGUUCACAUGGUCCAAACUUGUUGCAUAUUUCUACGAUCGACAUGAAAAAAUUCUUUCUGAUCUCUCUCAAGGUAAGGUGUGGAGUGAUUAUGCAAUGAAGAUCUAUAACAAAAAUGAGCAGAAAACUGCAGGACACACUCUGAGGAAUUUUAAUCAUGAAAUUGGUGUAUAUCAAGUGGUUACCCCGAAUAACGAUCAUAGAGGUGGAGGGGGAAACCACAGUCAUGAAGUGCACGUAAUUGAGCAAACAUGUGGUUGUGGGAAGUGGCAAAACUUGAAGAUCCCUUGUUCACAUGCAAUUAAAGUUCUUAAAGGUCUACACCUCGAUGCGACCAGCUAUAUUGACCCAUGUUACAGUUUGAACAACGUCAUUCAGACAUAUUCACAUCAUUUUGUGGUGCCAAAAUCAGAGUCAUUGUGGAGGGAUGUUCGCAGACCACGGUGGGUGCCUAACCCACAGCUGUUGCGGGGCAAAGGUCGUCCUGUGAAGUCAAAAUUAAGGAAUGAAAUGGAUGGAAUACAAUGA